AUGGCGGAUUUGGCACAAAUUCCAACAGAGAUUUUUAAAAAGAAGAAGCUUGGUGGACAACAAAAGAAAGAGGAACUUGAAAGAGAGGUUUCCACGCUUCACAAAAUGCUGGCUCAUGAACAAAUGGUGCACGAAUUUCUCCAAGAACUUCAAACUCGACAGGAUGGUUCUCCUCUCAGCAUCCCAAACUAUCUUCCACCAAAAAUGAAAGAGCUACUGGCUGAGCUAGCUAUGGUUGAAAAGGAGAUAGCACGAUUGGAAAGCCAAAUCAGCCAGCUUCAGUCCGAGGUGAAAAAUGAAAGGGAGCAAAAUUCCAUGCAACGGCAGCAUCAUGAAACUCCAAAAAAUAACAGUGGAAACACGAGCAGACGUCAUUCCAAUGAGAAAACCAUGUUUCAGGCUAAGGGGCUACAUUUUAUUACCAAGGCUAUAAACGGAGAUUAUAAUCUCGGCGACUUUAGAAAAAAUGAGAAAGGGACAAAUCCAAAAGGAUUAUCUAAUCACAAGGAAAAUAAUUUUCUCGACGAAAUUGGAAUAUUAUGUGACAAUGUUUCCAAGAGAAGUGAGAUGCUUAAACCUGCCUCGCCAUUUCGAAACAUGAGGCAUCCAACUCCAACCCCCAGGAGAGACCGAUACCUCAACAUCCCUGCAGAUAUCCUACAAAAUGUCAUGUCUACUCCAAUCCAUUCAGAAGAACAAAGCAUUCACAAGUGGCCACCUAACAAGUUAUCUGAGAACAUCAUGAAGUGUUUGAUCUUUAUUUUUGUAAGGCUACUUCGAACAUCAAGAACAAUGGAAAUAGAGAAAUCAGGGCCGAUAACCCGGUCUACAAACUUUUCUCAAAGUUUUCGUGCUGAGACUAGCUUAAAUUUGAAAACAAGCCUCAUGUUUCAGAAAGACUCAAGACAGCAAGAUCCCUAUGGCAUUUUUGAUUCUAAAGAAUCUAUAACAAGGGAUAUUGGGCCCUACAAAAACUUGGUUAGAUUCACAUCAAGCUCUAUGGAUCCCAAAUGCAUACAAGAUUCGAGCUCAGUUCCUUUGUUUCAGAAGUUGAAGGGGUUGAUGAAUGGUCUUCAGAAGGUAGACUUAAGAUUCUUGAGUCAUCAACAGAAGCUGGCUUUCUGGAUCAACAUGUACAAUGCUUCUGUCAUGCAUGGGUUUCUUCAGUAUGGGAUUCCGAGCAGUUCUACACCUGAGAAUCUGCUAAAACUUAUCAACAAGGCAACUCUGAAUAUUGCUGGUAAUAUAAUAAAUGCUCAAGCAAUUGAACAUUUUAUCCUGAGAAAACUUGAGCCUUCACUGCUUAAACAGCUUACUGGGAAGGGAGAAAAAUAUAUCAAAGAAGCUAUAGUUGGGGAACUUUAUGGACUUCAGUCACCAGAUCCAAAUGUCAUCUUUGCCUUGUGCUGUGGAACACGUUCUUCACCAGCUGUAAAAAUAUAUACAGCAGAGGGUGUCAUAGGUGAAUUGGAAAGAUCAAAGCUGGAGUACCUGCAAGCUUCAAUAGUGGUGACAAGCACAAAAAGAAUAGCACUCCCUGAGCUUCUACUUGGCAACAUGCAGGAUUUCGCCAGAGAUGUCGACUCGUUGAUGGAAUGGGUGUGCGAGCAGCUACCUACGUCUGGAUCUUUGAGGAAAUCGAUUAUGGAUUGUUUUCGGGGACUUCGUGGUGGCAAAGCAUCUUCCAUUGUUGAGAAGAUACCUUAUGAAUAUGAGUUCCAAUACUUGUUGACCAUGUGA